AUGUCGCCAGUCCCGGCUAGGCUGAUCUUUCCUUUUCUUCUUGUUGUAAAUUGCUUGCUAUGGUCUCGAAGUCGCUAUGCGCAACCUAGCCCACUCAUUGAGCAAUCUAGUCUUGUGAGGAGGAUAUCAUACCAACUAGCAAAUCCACAAACAGUACACCCGUUCAGUGGUAAGAAAGAGUGUCGGCCCCUUGAAUUUCCAAUCACCGCACAGUGCAGACAUGUAGCAGAUGAUUGUCCACCAAGCGAUACGUUCCUUGGCAUCAAUUACCUGCACCAGUACCUUUGCACAGACGUCAACCUCCGACCUCUGGCGUUCACAGGCCUUUUGGUCUGGCUAGUUUUCCUCUUUUCUACAUUAGGCAUAAGUGCCUCCGAUUUCUUCACUCCAAAUCUAGCCUCGAUUGCUCAGCUGCUCGGACUGGACGAGAAUGUCGCUGGCGUCACCCUCUUGGCUUUUGGAAAUGGAAGUCCGGAUGUGUUCUCGACGUUCUCCGCUAUGCGAGCGGGUUCAGGGAGUUUGGCGAUAGGUGAGCUCGUUGGCGCCGCAUCCUUCAUCGUGUCGUGUGUCGUGGGAUCGAUGUGUAUUAUCAAACCGUUUCGGGUUCAUCCAAGGCCCUUCUUGCGCGACGUCUGCUUUUUUGCCAUGGCAGUGGCCAUGAUGUUGGUGAUUCUUUGGGAUGGUCUAAUCUUUCCUUGGGAGGCGGGCAUGCUUAUUGGCCUUUACUUGGUGUAUGUGUUUACUGUCAUUGUUGGAACCUGGUGGGAGCGGAAACAAGAACGCAAGCGGCAAAUAGAGGCUAUGAUACGGGCAGAGUACGAGGAUGAACCCAUCCUCGCACCAUACACUGACAACGACAGCCCUCCAUCAAACUCAUUGACUGUGGCGCCCCCGUCAUUGAGCAGGGCCCGCGCGAUUUCUGCUCCCGCUCCGCCCCGAAUACAGACCAAUCUCCCUCCACGGCCAUACUCUCGAACGCCAUCACCAUCGCCAUCGCAAUAUGUCACACAACUGCCUUCGUUCUCUUUAGUUGGUGCUUUGGAAUUCCGUGAAGUAGUGGCUUCGCUUCAACGUCAAGCGGCAGGUCCGUCGCUGAGCAUCUUCGAGAGUCCAGUUACACCGUAUGCAGGCGGACACUAUCAUUCCCAUCCGCUGCGAUCUCACUCGAGGUCCCCUCGUACCUCACUGUCAAGUCAAGACGACGAAACACUCAACGGCCUACCCUUGAACGAGCGGCCUCGUCGACAUCUACCUUCGCCUUCCCCGCAGCAUCUACAUCCGCACGAAUCGGCCGACUAUUUCACAGGAGUUUCGAGCCAUGGCACGCACACCCCAGUUCCUUCCAUAUUUCGGACACCCGCUUCACCCACAAUUUCUGAUGGAGAGAGUGAAGUUCGUGUCUAUAUACCUCCCACUCGAAGACAGCGCGUGUUCAACGUGUUGGGAAAGUUGCGUCACACUCUGUUUCCUACACUCCACCAUUUCAGAGAGCAAAGUCUGCUGGGUCAGAUUGCAUGCCUUUUUGCUGCUCCUGCCGUUUCACUUCUCACUUUGACCCUGCCUGUCGUUGUGACACCCUAUCAGAGUAGCAGUCAAGGGCGGGAAAAGCUUCAUCAUAUGGAUGCACGCCUCGUUGACUUCGAAGAAGAGGGCAUUGAGCGCGUACUCAUAGCAGAGGAGGAAGUUGAGGAGAACCUACAUGAAAUGUCCUUCAACAAAUGGCUGAUGGCUGCACAAUGCAUUUUUGGACCACUCUUCUGUGUGGGUGUACUUUUUGGUUAUUCGACGUCGAAGAUCUGGUUGCCGGUUGUGACACUCGUCUCGGGUCUCAUACUCGGCACGUUAGUAGCUGUUUUCGCUGACAAGGGCAACCAUCCUACUGCCCGAAUCGCUCGCUGUUCAAUGGGGUUCUUUGUUUCCAUCGUCUGGAUCAUGGCAAUUGCCGACGAGGUCGUCAAUGUCCUUCAGACUUUUGGCUUCAUCUUCGGAUUGUCGGAUGCCAUCAUAGGUUUGACCAUCUUUGCUGUUGGAAAUUCUCUGGCAGAUCUCGUCGCCAACAUGAGCGUGGCGGUCUUCGCUCCCAUCAUGGGGUUUUCUGCGUGUUUCGGCGGUCCCAUGCUCAACAUUCUUCUGGGUGUCGGCAUCUCAGGCUCCUACGUCAUUCAUCAAAACUCAGAGCCAUACGCACUGGAGUUAUCGCACACACUCCUGGUCAGCUCGAUUGGCCUCCUUGUUCUGCUAGCCGCUACUUUGAUCUUCGUCCCUUUGAAUGAUUACUUCCUUACUCGUAGAUGGGGGAUUCUUCUGAUCUUCUCUUACACGAUCAUCAUGAUAAUCAACAUCGUUGUGGAACUCCAUAGUUCCAAGUAG